UUGUGUGUGUGUUGCCCGCUGAGUGUGUCUGUGUGUGUGUCUUUCUGUGUGGUGGUAGUGCCUACAGUCUUCUCAGUCGUUCGAGUGUUUAAAAAAAUGUGUUUUAUUACCACCCGUUUACCGCCGAACGCAACCGCCUAAGACACACAGCAGCAGCAGCAGCACUAGCCGCCGCAGCACCCUAGAAGUGCGGCAGAAUUCGCCUAGCGUGCGGGCAACGCUUGCAUUGAUAAACAUGGACCAUGCCAGCAGCAGUAGUAGCAGUAGCAGCGAAUAGCCAUCGCUCGAAUCGCGAAUUGUGCAUGCAGAGAAGCAGGCGCUCAGUCGUCUCUUCUACUCCAUCUUCUUUUGUCUGACUCUGACCGACGACUUUGCCGCAUGGCUGACGGCCACUGGACAACUGAACAUAGCAAUGAAUGAUUUACGUCAGCAGCAGAUGGUAGCAGCGACAUCGUCAUCCGGAUCGGGAACAGGAACAGGAACAGGAUUAGCAGCAUCAGUUGAAUCAGCACCGGCAUCCUCAACAGCAGGAGCCAGCACCGAACGCGUCAACACGAAAGCAGGAGCACCAGAGAGCACCACCACCACCACCAACACGAGCAGCGAGGAGGAGCAGCGGGUCAGCUCCACGUCAUCCCCGGCACAGCGAGAGCAGCAGCUGAAUGCCGAUCACGAGCCGGACCACGACCAGGGUCAGGAGCAGGAGCAGCAGCAGCAGCAACACCAGCAGCGGCAGGAGGCACUGCAUCGACGGCAGCACCACCACCAGCCCGGGCAUAUAACUAGUACUACAGCGUCGCCGCCGCCGCAGCCGCAGCCACCGUCGACGCAUCCACUAUCCACAUCGCUGGCUACGUCCCGCGACGAUGCUCCAGGCACCACUGGAGUCCCAGCAUCAGCGUCAGCCUCAUCAGGAAGCACAGCAACAGGAGCGGCAUCAUCCGCGGGAGCGGGAGCGGGAGGAGGAGCGCCGAUGGCUGCCACCGCGAUUGACGUAAAGGGCGAGGAGCGGGACGGACACAAGAUCAUCUUGAAGCUUUCGAAGCACGUCGCAGCCGCUCCGAACCCGAACCUAAAUGAAUCUCAGCCCGGUGGUGGCGACGAGACGAGACGCGUCGAGCCACUGCGUAUCCAGCUGCCGAGCGACGGAGGCGUGGCCAAGCCGCAGGACGCCUCCGACGCGGACGCCUCGUCGUGUUCGUCGUCGUGCGCCGAGGACGAGGUGGCCAGCAGCCUGGCCCAGCAUCCCCGGAGCACCCCGCACAUAGUGCCAAAGUUGACCAUCCGUGCCGCCAACGAGGAGCGAGUGGGGAGUGUGGUGCCCAAGCUGACCAUCAAGUUGCCCGAGAAUCCCGCCGCCUCCGGAUCCAAUUCUGGCUCCGGCACUGGAUCGGCGGCUGCAGCUAUGCCGUCAAAGAACGACGCCCAUCUGUCCAGCCUUUCGCCCGCCUCCGCCUCCUCCUCGUCGGCCUCCUCGUCCUCGUCGUCGUCGUCCUCGUCCUCGCUCGCCGAGAUGCAGACGGUGCCGAAGCUAAUGAUCAAGACAACGCUGGCCGGGAGCAGCUGCAUCAGUAGCAGCAGCAACAGCGAAGAGCACCCGCAUCCCCACCAGCAGCAGAUACCAAAGUUAACAAUCAAAACGAGUGGCAGUGGCGGGCAGGAGGCGCAGCAGCACCUCCACACCGUGAUCAUGAAGCACGACCUGAGCAACGCCCAAAGCAUACCCAAGCUGACCAUCAAGACCAAGUCCAUCGACCUGACCGAGGACGACGCCUCCGGCAAGUCGCUGGAGCAGCUCCAGCCCCUGCCCAAGCUCACCAUCAAGAACCUGUGCUCGCCCAAGCACAAGGUGCGCGCCGUGCUCGAGGAGAAGCUGCCCACGACUGCCUCCAAGCUGGCUACUCCAGUGCCGACGCCUGCGCCCGCCUCGGCCCUAAUCACAAACGGCAUGGAGUCGAAUAGCAGCAGCCAGGAGUUCUGCGGCUUCUCCGACCUGGACGCCGAUCAGGCGCUGUCGGCGGCGGACGAGGGGCGCCGCAACUCCGACGACAUGGACAUCGAUGAGUCGCUGUCGAAGGAGCACGACCCCCAGAUGUUCCACAAUCUGGCGCCCAGCAAUGGAAUCGCCGGAGGCGGCGCUGCCGGCAAAGCCAGCAAGGCUGGAAAGCCGAAUCCUGUCCAGCUGCCGCCGGCGCAGCACAACGUCGUGGAAAUGGUGGACCUUACCUCGUCCCCGUCGCCGGGCUCCUCGCCGGCCCACGUGACGAACAACUUCUCCGGCCGCAUCUCGCCGGCCCAGUCCCGCCCAGCCAACCUCAUCGAUUGCCUGCGGAUGAAGGCCGAUGGCGGCGUGGGAGCGGCGUCCUCCUCGCCCAACUCCACGAUUCUACUCAGCCAGCUGACCGCCCCGCCCAAGAGCUUCGCCACGGCCUCGCCGAAGAGCAACUCCAGCCGGUAUCCCCAGCUGACAGAGCGUCUGCUGGCCAACGGCGGUGGAGCUGUUCCGAGUGGAGGAGCAGUGGAGUCGGUGGCCACAUCGGAGGACGACGCUAUUGGCGCGCCCAUCGAGAUACUGGACACGCCCGAGGGCAGUCCGCACAUCACGUACAUGGAGGACGAGCACCUGGACAGCCAGGUGCUCAACAACCACCACCCGGCCAACCGCAAGGACCAGCAGCCGGAGGACGACCUCCAGGAGGUGGACAACAACAAUGAGAACCACUUGAAGCGGACCAGCACGGCGGGCAACGAAUCUCCCAGCAGUGGCAUCCCGCCCAGCAAGCAACGGCGCAUGGACAACAACGAGAACGACCAGCCGGUGCAGAACUGCCACGACCCGGUCAAGAAGUCCAAUGCCAGUGCGGGCGAGACGCUGCACUCGACGCCGGCGCACUCGCAUCGGUCGCGGAAGCAGAAGCACGAGCGCAUCCUCAACACGGAGAUGGAGGACGCCAUCUUUCCAUCGGCCCAGCAGCCGCCGGUGGCUCUGCCGGAGCAGAACGGCACCGUGGCCACCUAUCCGGAGCACGACAUCGGCGAGGCGAAGGCACAGGAUCCCAUGGAUCCGACCAACCAGCUGUCGCAGGCGCCGACACCGGCCAGCACCGGGAAGCGACGGGGCCGGCCGAAGCGGGUCCAGCAGAAUCAGAGCGCCAUCGAACCCGCCAACUUGCCCAACCAGUACACGCCCACGGACACGCCGCAGGAGGUGAAGUCGCGGCGGGUGCAGCUGCUGCGCAAGCGCCUGGCCAUCGACAUGGUCAGCCAGGACCAGUUGGCGGAUGGAGCGUCGGCGGGCGCGGGACUGGGGGAGCAGAACGCAUCGGUGGAAGAUGAGCCGGCCGGCGUCGUAGAGACGCCGACGCGUCGCGACCGCCAGCUGAGAGCCUCCCGACGCACCACGACGACGCCCAGCCAGCAGGCCACCCCGAAGGCCACCAGGAAGCGCCAGAGCAAGGCCAAUGCCCAGGCCAGCCAACUGCCUCCGCCGCCGCCGCCAAUGCUCGCCCAGUUCGGCGGCUCGGAAGCCGAGUCCAACAACAACAAUAGCACCAGCAUGUCCUUCGCCUUGGCGGCACAAAUCGACCUGACCAUGUGCUCGUCCAGCUCGUCCACGUCCUCGGGCGCUCCUGGCGCCCAUCAGGCGGUCAGCGGGAUCAGUGGCAGUGGCAGCAGUUCCAUGCUGCCGCCCACGACGAUCCUGUCCUCCUCGGACCGCCUCAAGGACGUAAUAUUCCAGCCAAACGACUUCUCCUCCAUCAUGGCCACCCAGCAGCUGCGCUCGCCCCGCCCCUCCAGCACCAGUGGCGGGAGUGCAGGCGGCAGCCAGCCGGACUCCCACGACGAGGACAACUACAACAGUGCGCUGGACAACUCUGGCGAUGAAUCCCUGUCCACGAUGCCUGUGCUCUCCACGCCGACUCCCACGCGCGGUCGCGGUCGUGGCCGGGGCUCCAGGGGCGGCAGCCGGGGCAGCAAUAACGGCUCCUCCUCGUCGAACCGUGGCGGCGGGAGCGGAGGCGCCGGCCUCUCGUCGACGAACUCCCAGCCGAGGGCCCCGCGGAUGAGUCGGGGAGCGAGCGCCGUGGCGAAGGCCAUUGCGAUGAGCCGGCCGCGCUGCGUGGGCGGCUUGAAGCACACGCCCGAUCCGGAACGGCUCAAAGGACUCUUCAGCCCGUCGCCGCAGGUCUUCGAGGAGGACACGCGCAUGAGCGCGGAUCUUAGCAACAGCAUGCAGUCGAUGAGCAGCCUCAUGGAACCUCCGCUAACGCCACAGAAGCAACCCGAUUUCCUCAACAACGAGGAGUCGCAGUCGUCCAUGGUGAGCAACGCCAGCCUGAUGGACUCCAACCAGGGCCAGUCGGUGGACACCAUCAUCGGCUCAUCACAAAAACGUCCAAAGAAAAAGAAAAUGGAGAUCUGUGUGGCGGAAGAUACCGACUACAGUGCCUCCAGCAUCGCCGAGUACGACUGGCCGCCGCCUAAAGGCUGUUGUCCGUCGAAGAACCGCGACACGUUCAUGAUCCAGGAGCAGGUGGCCCUCUAUCUGGGCAUAACCAGCUUCAAGCGCAAGUAUCCCGACCUGCCGCGCCGCGCCGUCGACAUGGAGGAGCGCAACUGGCUGCAGGAAAAGGGGCUGGUCAGCGAGAAGAUGUGCGACCUGGGCAUCACCGCCGUCUGGGCGUCGGACAUCCUGGACAUAAUGUACGCGGACUUCUACGACAAGUACGAGGAGUACAAGGAAUACAUCCGGCUGAAGCACCUGCGUGAAAUCGAGGCCAAGCAGAAGGCGCUGGGUCUGACCGUGGGCGCCUCUCGUGGCCUGCAGGCCCGCGACCGAGCCAUGCUCUCUGCCAGCAAGUGGAACGUCUACUUCAACAAAACCCGCAAAGAGGAACGCCUGGCCUGCUUGGACCUGCAGACGUUCACCAUGAACCAGCCGCAGCACAGGACGGCGCCCCUCUGCACCCGCUUGCAGCGCUCCAUUUCGAACGUGGUGCGGGCGGCGGCCGAGGCGGAGAACAUGGAGGCGCCGCCGACUCUCGUCACGCCCCGCAUCUACGACCAGGCUUUCCAGAGCUCGGACUACGCGUAUCCUCUGACCGUGGUGCCGGACCAAUUCUCGUUCGCCUACAGAGUCUUCAAGCCCGCUGAGCUCAGAGCCUAUCCGUUGGACACAGCGCUGGACAAGCCAUCGACUGACCUGGAGGAGGAGCUGCAACUGCGAAUCAGCCCGGUGCCCAGCGGUGAGGAGGAGGAGGCGGUGUCCAAAGAGCCGGAAGAUGCGACUGCCGCCAAGACCCAGGCGCCGGCGCCGGUGCAGGUGCAGGUGCCGGUUCGACGUAGCAGGAGAGCGCUCCGACAGCAGUCGUCGGACAAAACGCGCUCGGCCAGCAACGGCAGUACUUCCUCCGCAGCAUCAGUUUCCUCCGCCUCCAGCGGCAAUGCCAGCAGCAGUGAUACGGAUAGCGGCGACGACAGCGACUGCAGUAGCUCCUCCACGAGCAGCUGCGAUUCUCUGGCCGCCUCGAGCAGCGCUGGCAGCGACGACGAAGUCGGCAACGAAAACGGACGCGAAUCCUCGCAAGCCAGCCGGCUGCUCAACUGCGGGGUGUGUCUGCGCAGCCAGCAUCGCAAUGCCAGGGACAUGCCCGAGGUCUUCAUUCGCUGCUACAGCUGCCGACGGCGAGUUCAUCCCAGCUGCAUCGACAUGCCGCAGCGCAUGGUGGGACGGGUGAGAAACUAUAACUGGCAGUGCUCCGGAUGCAAGUGCUGCAUCAAGUGCCGGAGCAACCAGCGGCCCGGCAAGAUGCUCUUCUGCGAGCAGUGCGACCGAGGCUAUCACAUCUACUGCCUGGGCCUGAGGACGGUGCCAGAUGGUCGCUGGAGCUGCGAACGGUGCUGCGUUUGCAUGAGAUGCGGAGCCACGCGUCCCGAGGGACUGUCCCAAGUAGCGUCGCCGAACGGGGAGCGCGGAAAGAACUCGCCGCGCGGCAAGCGAGCGAAGUGGGUGCACGAGUACCGCAUCGACCAUGUGACCAAGUUGCGAGAGCACGCCGCCAUGUUCUGUGCGCCCUGCGCGAGAACCAAGUCCGCCAGCGCGCAGGCGGCGGCACAGGCGGCGUCCGAGUCCUCCUUGCCGGCGAGCAGGGACUCCAGCCCGGCGCCAGUCUCUGUUCCCGACCCAAGUCCCAGUCCGACGCUCAACGGCGGCCCAGAUCUUUUCCCGGGCGAGGCCCCAAGUCCCAAGGUGGCGGCAGUGAGUGCGUCGCCGCCCGUAGUUCUGGAGGUGGUGCCGACGUCUAUGAGUCCCUUGUCGCCGGCUGUCGCAACGAUCAACCGGAGGCAGUUGGGCACGACGCCGGUCAGCAUUAGCGCGAUGCAGUGCAGCAGCAGCUUGAACCGGAACGGAAGUGAGGAGUCGGGAGCUUCUACCGCCACGACAACGACAACGGCAACGGCAACCAUUUCGGCAACAACGCAGACAGUAGCUGCAGCAGCAGCAGCAGCCCCUGGAAGCAGCAGUGCCUCAUCCGGAGGAGCCUCACCUGCCGCGUCCACGACGCCAAUCGGGAUAGCGCCGCCGCCGGUUGUUGCCUGAGUGGGGGUUAUACGUUAUUGUGCCAAACGCACUCUAACGGACUUAUAGUAAGCGCCGGACGCGGCUCCCACCUGCCCCCAACACCAACAUUACCACCAACACCCACACCCCCACACACACGCAUAGUAUUAAUGAAGGCAACAAGAGAGAGAGAUAGAGAGGAGAAGAAUCUGACGAAGGGAACUAAGCUAUCUAAGCUAUUUUUUUUACUUUAUUGUCAGUACAAGGUAUUGCGAAUGUUUAUACAUGUAUUUACGGGCGAAUACCUACUAUAGUUAUGUUACUUAACUCGCUAAUGUUACACAGAAAGUCACACAACACAACACAACAAAACACAACACACAACCACACACAUGACAAGCACACACGACCAGAGGGGAGCAACUAUGUUUUAAUCCUUUUUGUCUAAUUUUGAAUCAACACUAGCACUUAAGUCAUAAUCCAUUAAGUUUUUACGCACCAUGGCUUGGUUGCGUUGUUAAUGCUAUCGUCGAAACUGGCGCCACGUGGAUCCUGUGAACCGUGUCCUUGUGUCCUCCACAUCCACAUCCACAUCCCCCUGUCCCCCCCCUGUUUCACGUUACUCUUAUUAUUAUAAUACAAUUAUUUUUUUUUUUGUAAUUUCUGUAACCAAAUAGUGCGUUAUGAUUAAGUUUAAGGAUGUCGUUUAGUCUCAGCCUCCAAGCAGCAGCCACUAGCUACCAGCCCCCGACCACCAAUCCCCAAUUCCCCGACCUCUGUACUAUAUAUAUAUAUAUACAUUAUUUACGUUUCUAUAUAACGGAUAAGCGAAGCGAAACUACUUUAUUGAUUUGUGUAUCUUAUGAGCCGAAUUUUUCAUCAUGUAUAUGUAUUUUUAAUGAUAAGAACUAAGAACUCCCAGCCCAUACCCCUACCCCUACCAGUAGCCAUGUAAGUAGGAGCCGUGCUUGGCAGGAGGAGGCUUCAGUUGCUCCGCUACUGCUACUGUUACUGCUACUGCUACUGCUACUGCUACCGCUACUGCACGGCUAAGGAUGUAUUAUACAUGUAAUUUAUGCUAAAAAAAAAAAAAAAACAAACAAAAAAGAAGAAAAAGAAAAACAGCUAUAUAUAGGUAUAUAUAGACAUGUACUAUCUGUAGGAUAAGGAACAAGCACAAGAACAGAACUAUUUUGGCGAGCAGGGAUCCGGAUCCGGAAGGGAUCUCCUCCGGGGUGCGAGAGCAACGUGUUUAGUAGUAGAGAAGAGAGUUCUGAUACCGCCGCAGCCGGAAUAGCGAAUAGCGUUUUAGGAGUUAAGUGAACCGAACUAGAAGUACAUCCACACAUCCACUUAACACCACUAUCCGAGUGGACUAUGUAACAUGGCACUCCCAGGCGCGCGCAGCUUUUCCAUGGAGAGUUAGUGGUUAAGUCCUCCCCCUCCUCCCAACCCCUUAUUAAGUAACAAAUUAUGUACACGUAUGGAAAGAUCUAUUUUUAAGUCGAAUAAAACAGCAGCAUUAAUA